CGCCGCUCAGAUUUAAACAUUUAGCGCGUUUAUCUUAACCGGGAACGGACAUGCGCACUGGGUGCAGCAGACAGAUGCGGAUAUAAGGAUUGGCGCCGGCGCCACAGCUGAUGCAUUCAUUCAUUCUUCGCGGCGGAGAGGAGCAUUAAAGAAAAUCGGCACCAUGUCAAGACGCAGUGGUCGCAUCACACUUCAAGCCAGAGAUUCAAACACGCCUGAAACAACAAUCAGACCCCCGCUGAAGAAAAGGAAGUCAGAGCCCUCUAAGAAGAAGCUCCAGCCUGCCUCCAAGAAACAGAACUAUGAAAUACAGACCUGCUGGUCAGAGGAUGGUGCAAGUCCCUGCAUUCUCAUUGAAACUCCCCACAAAGAACUGGAGCCCACAGACCAAUCCAGCUUUAAACAGUACAGAUUCAAGAACCUCUUUAUCAAGAACUCCCCCAUCCCUCGCCUCAGCUGGGCUAACUCGGAGGAUGUGUGGAUAAAAAUGAUCAACAAGGAGCUGUCGUAUGUUCACGAUAAGAGCUACCUGCAGCGUCACCCCAAACUGCAGCCCAAGAUGAGGUCCAUCCUGCUGGACUGGCUGCUGGAGGUCAGUGAGGUUUACAGCCUCCACAGGCAGACGGCGUACUUGGCUCAGGACUACUUUGACCGCUACAUGCUGACUCAGGAGGACGUCAGCAAAGAUAUCCUGCAGCUCAUCGGCAUCACCGCGCUCUUCAUCGCCUCAAAGAUAGAGGAGAUCUAUCCCCCCAAAAUCCUCGAGUUUGCCUUCGUCACAGAUGGAGCUUGCAGCGUUUGGGACAUCCAACAAACAGAGCUUCUCAUACUUAAGGCGCUGGACUGGAACUUGUUUCCAGAGACGCCCAUCUCCUGGUUGAAGCUGUACUCUCAGGUGGAGGUCCAGAAAGACGAAGAGAACUUCCUGGAGCCACAGUUCAGUCAGGACAAGUACAUCCAGAUCACACAGUUGUUAGACUUGUGUAUGAUGGACAUCGACUCGCUGGACUACAGCUACAGUGUUCUCGCUGCUGCCGCUUUCUGCCACUUCUCAUCUUUCGAUGUUGUUCACAAAGUCUCGGGCCUGACGUGGGAGAGCGUCUCCCCCUGCUACCGGUGGAUGACCCCCUUCAUGGACACGCUGCAGUCUGAGCCCAAAGCCCAACUCAAAAGUUUCCCCAAAGUCAAAGCCGACGACAAACACAACAUCCAGACACACGUGGCUUAUCUGGACCUGCUGAGAAAAGCUCAGGAGCGUCAGAUCGACAACCACGACUUUCAGAUGUCGCCCGUCGCCACAGCAACCAUCUUGACUCCUCCCAGGAGCACAGAGAAACCCACCAGUGUGUGAGGAGUGAGUCACCACCAAGUCCAGCUACCUCUGCUGUCCAACGCGGCGCCAUCGCCGACUCUAUGGAUGGAUGCAAUUUGGGCUUUAAUUUUUUCAUGUGAACACUAAGUUCAGAUUUCUGGGACCAAAGAUAGUCACCAGAAUGUGUUAAAUUUGACAAACCUGCAUUUGAGUGAAGGAGCACAGGCUAAAAGGUUUUACUAAAGCUUUGCAGAAAUUGCUGUUUACAGUCAGAUUAGACAAUUUUUAUUCAAAAUUUUACUUUUUUUAUUGAGUGUUUAAUUUAGAUUUUUACCGUCAUCAGUUUUACCUGAUUCUGGAGGAAAAGGUGAAGCCAUCAAAUGUGUCUUUUUAAGUACAAAUAAGUUUUCUGGGAGGUAUUAUCUGAGAACGUCACUGGUGCUCUGCUAACAUUGAGGCGUUGCUUCAAUUGAUUCUCAGGAAACAACAAAUACCUGCUCUCUGCGGUCAAUGCCGCUGACUCACAUUCCACUGUGGAGGUGCUCCGUGUUUGUGCUUAAAUUGUCUUUCUCUCAUUUUUUUUUUUUUGUGUGUUGUAACUUGCAACCUGGUUGCACCUUCUUGUUACAUUCCUGGGGAAACUUGAUAAUUGUACAAAGUUUCAUUUUAAGUGCUCGUAUUUAUUGAGAAUCCUUAGCAUAUAAAAAGAAAAUGUUCAUAUGUACAAUUUACAGAAAUGGAGCUCGAUCUGAUUGUUGCCAAAGGCAAAAGCUAUUUAUGAUUCUGCCCUGUACCACCUUUGUGAAUUACAGUUCUGUCCUUCCGUGUGUGCGUUGACCAACUCUGUUUUUGUGCCUUUUUUUGGACUUAGUUUGAUCUGAAGCGAGCCGAACGGAUAAUAGAAUGCGAACAAAUCCUGUGACUGUACGAUUUUUGCAGCAAUCAAAUAACCAUGUGAACUGUAUGUAGAUGCUCAAGAAUGUAUCAUUUUGUAAAUAGAGCAAUUCAGAAAUGUGUAAUUUCAUUUUUAUAUUCAAAUGUUUUAAAUAAACUGAAAGAGAUUA